AUGCGGUUAAUACAAAAAAAAAAUGGAAAGUUCCGAAUUAUAUUCGUAAUUUUCUGGACAGGAAUUGUGUCAGCUACUUUUCGUCCCCCAGCUGGAAUUGUAUCAGCUACUUUUCGUCCUCCAGCUGGAAUUGUGUCAACUACUUUUCGUCCUCCAGCUGGAAUUGUGACAACUACUUUUCGUCCCCCAGCUGGAAUUGUGACAACUACUUUUCAUCCUCCAGCUGGAAUUGUGACAACUACUUUUCGUCCUCCAGCUGGAAUUGUGUCAACUACUUCUCGUCCUCCAGCUGGAAUUGUGUCAACUACUUCUCGUCCUCCAGUUGGAAUUGUGUCAACUACUUCUCGUACUCCAGCUGGAAUUGUGUCAACUACUUCUCGUCCCCCAGCUGGAAUUGUGUCAGCUACUUUUCGUCCUCCAGCUGGAAUUGUGACAACUACUUUUCGUCCUCCAGCUGGAAUUGUGUCAACUACUUCUCGUCCUCCAGCCGGAAUUGUGUCAACUACUUCUCGUCCUCCAGUUGGAAUUGUGUCAACUACUUCUCGUCCUCCAGCUGGAAUUGUGUCAACUACUUCUCGUCCCCCAGCUGGAAUUGUGUCAGCUACUUUUCGUCCUCCAGCUGGAAUUGUGACAACUACUUUUCGUCCUCCAGCUGGAAUUGUGUCAACUACUUCUCGUCCUCCAGCUGGAAUUGUGUCAACUACUUCUCGUCCUCCAGUUGGAAUUGAGUCAACUACUUCUCAUCCUCCAGCUGGAAUUGUGUCAACUAACUUCUCGUCCCCCCAGCUGGAAUGUGUCAGCUACUUUUUCGUCCUCCAGCUGGAAUUGUGA